AUGGGCAGCGGACCUUCGAAACCAGACGAAGAAGACGUCCAGGAGGAGGAAGAAAAGGAGAGGAAUUUUUCGUCUUCGAGGAGGAGAAGCGACGAAAACGAUUCAGACGACGAGAAAGACGACGAUUUUGAAGAAAAAAAUACGCGGAGGACUUGGAAGCCGAACGAUGAUGAUGCGAAAAGAAGAACACUAACACCAGCGCGCAUCAGCAUGGUCAGUCCGUUCGGAAGGAUGUCUUUAACAUCCAGCGGAGGAAGGGGUAGCGACGACGAGGAGGAGGACGGAGAGGAGGAAAGAGGAGGUGCGUUCGUAGCCGAACCGUUUCGUUUGAAUAACCACGUGGUUGCCUUUGCAACCAGAGGCGACUUUGAAGAAGAGGAAGAAGGAGAGAACGCGGAGAGGAACGGGAGGAGGAAGAAGAAGAAAAAGAAGAAAAAGAACGAGUUCGCGAGCGCGAGAGCGUGGAUGGAACGGAAAGGUUUAUUUGCGACGUCGAUGGAAAAUGGUGACAUGGAAAGCGAGAGACGGGGUGACGCGUCGUCGUCGUCAACGGACGUCGUGUUGGUCAACCUCGCCUCUCGAGCGUUUUGCGAGCGGCAACACGCGCUGUCGAAGAUAUCUCGUUCGGAACGAGAGGAUGAAGAAGAUGAAGACGAGUCGUUGUACGACGCGUUUCGAGACGCGCCUAUAGUUGAGUUUAUCGUGGACGAGUGCAUCCCGUUCGCGAACGUCGUCGAGUUGGAUACGUUGGUGUCCAUCGCGAGCACGAUCGAGAAGUGGAUGGCGAUUUCGAGCGAGCCGGUAGUCGCGCUUCAUUUCGCUAUCGACGACGCGACGACGCGACAAGAAGAUUUGUAUCGAAAAGGUGGGGUAAGAUACGACGUGGCGACGAAAGAGAAUUAUUACGCGGCCACGGCGUCUGCAAAAGAGGAAAGGAAAAAUGAACGGAUUAGGAAGCGGUCCUUGGCGAUAAACGUCUUGCGAUUCAUCGCGUGCGCGUCCAUCGUGGCUUCCGGGAAAGGCGACGUAUCAAUAGAAAAUGCUUAUUGCGAAAUCGCGCCGCCGCCGAUGUCCGCAAAGGAGAGCACGAAGAGAUUUCGAGAUAAGCGUGCGUUUACUUUGACAAACACGCAAAGGAGAAUUGGCCAGUGGUUGCAAACGCGAGCGAGGAGAAUUGAAAGCGGUUUCGAAGAUGCGAUUUUAAUGAGUAGUAACGAUGGUGAGAAAAUAACGUUAAAACGUGUCGUCAUUUCCGGCGGGAUUUCCUGCGACGGCAAAGGCGGGUCACGAUUAUAUUGCGUGGUGAGAGAUGGGCGCAACAGAGAAAUUGGGAGAAGUUUGUUCUCCGCGACACAGUUCGGUCCAGACUUUCAUUCCAGCGCGAACGGCUCCCCUAUUCCUUUCGAGAUGUUUCAAACGCCGAAAAGCGUCGAGUUACGAUCGGAAAACACCGCAGCGAGAGAUUAUGAAGGCUCGUGUUUGAAUAAAAACGGCGAAUACACCGAAACCGUGUAUAAGAAAGGCGUGCGUCUCACGUCUGAUUUCUUCGUAUGCGUGUAUCACUGGACGGGAAAUAGAGAAUUUGAUGAAAAACGUCCAAUUUGCCUCGCCUGGUCGCACGCGGUGGCGAUGGCGAAACACGGCGUCACGCGAUUUCAUCUAAAUGAUAUCGACCACUGCGGGACGGGUGAUAGUGGCGCGAACAUGUCCGCGCUUUUACCGAAGAAUUUCUUCUUAGACGUGACGAUACUCAUCGACUCUCCUCCUCCUCCUCCUCCUCCGCCGCCGCCUUUCUCUCCUCCUCCAAAGGUGCCAUCGAUAUCGUCCCAGCAGCAAAAAUCGAUUCUCCCUUCGACACCACCACCACCACCACCACCGCCACCACCGCCGCCGGCGGCAGUCUCUAAAGUUGCAUCAAAAGGAGCCCCUCUGCCACCGCCACCGCCACCGCCACCGCCACCGCCAGCACCACCGCGAGCACCCCCGGCGCCACCAGUACCAAAGAACAAAGCGGGAGCAAUACCGCCGCCGCCUCCCGCGCCGCCCGGCAGAAAACUCAGUCUUCGGAAUACUCAGGUGCCAACACCGACACUUUUAAAGAAGAAACCUGUGACAAACACGCUCCGAAAAAUCUUUUGGGAGAAGUUACCGGUCACUAUUGACACGUGGUUUACUGCCAGCGGCGAUAUCGACGAGAAGAAGCGAGAAAAGAUACGGAAGAAAGUAUAUGAAGCGUUUGAUGCGAAACCAACGAAGCAACAAAAACCACUCGAUGAGGAAAAUAGUGCGAAAAAACAGGAACGUGGCAUGCCGAAACUGAUUCCAUUGAAGCGAGCGAACAAUAUUUCCAUCGUUCUGAGUAGAUGGAAAGCAGCGCAAGACCCGCAAUCUAUCGUCGAUAUGAUUCAAUGCGCGUCGUCAGAGCUCGACAUCGACAAGUUACAAAUACUCAUCCAGUGCGUGCCGAACGAAGAGGAGCUUUUAUUGUUUAAGGAGUACAACGCUAACGACGAUGAAAAUAUCGAAAAUCCGUUAUCUCAACCAGAACAAUUUCUCCGAAAGAUGUGCACGAUACCAAACUUGGAGCAUCGCCUUCGAGCGCUCAUGUUUGCGCGGCAGUUUAGCGAGCUCGCUCGCGACUUACGCUCUUGCUUUGAAGUGGUAGAAAACGCUUGCGACGAGGUGUUAAGCUCAAACGAUUUACGCAAUAUUUUGAAACACGCUUUAUAUUGCGGUAACGUAUUAAACGAGGGGACAAUCCGUGGCGACGCGAACGGUUUCGCCUUGGAAUCUUUGUUGUUGUUUGCGAAUGUUAAGACUACGACGAAUAAAAAUACGGACACGCCGACAUUGAUACGGCCACCGGAAAAUUUGUUGGAAGUUGUCGUCGAUGUCGCAGAUGACAGUGAUACUAUUGAGGAUAAGCAAAAUGACACGUAUUCGUUGCGCGAAAAUCUGAAACACUGCGAACGCGCCAUGCGCUUCGCCCGAGGCGAACUAGAAAGCCGAUAUGAAUCGUUUCGGAAAAACGUGGUGAAUUUAAAGAAGGAACGCUUAGAACACCUGUGCGAUGUCGCGAAAGAACAGGAAAUCGUAGACGAGCUAGCUAGAAAGGUGCGAGAGAAGUUCAACCGACUAAAAAUAUUCGUGGGAAAAAGUACCACAUCGGGCGAAGGACCGGAAGAAAUCUUUACAAACAUCUGGCUCUUCGCCGAAAGCAAACAAACCAAAUAG